UAAUCGCGUAGUGGGAGAUGCUAAACAUGCGUGUCAACAACAAAACGCGAAUCCAAGAUCCAAAGUAGUAUAAUUGAAGUUUUUGUUGUUGCUGAACUCUUCCUCUGUCUUUACAUUCAAUGUAAACAGACGGGAACUUGUCAUUUUUUUUUUAAUCUAAGUGGUUACCGAAAAUAUUUUAAUAAUGACUACUACCGACGUGGUGGAAAUGUUAAAAGAGCCAAGAAUGAUAAAAAUCUGUGCCCCGAUGGUCAGAUAUAGCAAGCUACAGUUCAGAACACUUGUGAGACGGUACGGAUGCGACAUAUGCUUCACACCCAUGAUCCUGGCGGACUCGUUCGUGCAAUCCUCAAAAGCUCGGGACAACGAAUUUACCACGCACGAAAAAGAUCAGCCACUGAUCGUUCAAUUUGCGGCUAAGACUGUAAACGACUUUGUCGACGCUUCAGAAAUGGUUGCGCCAUAUUGCAACGGUGUAGACCUGAACUGUGGCUGUCCGCAACGCUGGGCCAUGCAAGAGGGAUACGGGGCUGAUUUGUUGAGAAAACCAGAGCUCGUCAAGGAUCUGGUGUCACAAGUCAGAAAUCGUAUUCCAAGGCCGUUCACCGUUUCCGCAAAGAUACGUUUGUUGAAAGAUAUACGCCAGACGAUAGCGUUGUGCCAAACUCUGGAGAAGGCCGACGCCUCGUUCUUGACGAUUCACGCGAGGACUCCCGAGAUGCGUAACGAACCGAUCGAUUUGGACAAGCUGAAGCUUCUCAGGGAUCACGUACGGCUGCCCCUCGUGGCGAACGGUGACGCGAAAAGCCUGGAGAGCGCGGAAUCCUUGUUCAAGGAAUCCGGAUGCGAGGGGGUGAUGUCCGCCAGGGGUAUUUUAACUAAUCCGGCGUUGUUCUCGGGACUCUCCGCUACUCCGCUCGCCUGCGUUCAAGAUUGGUUGGACAUUACGUCGACCGUGCCGACUGAAUUUCAGUGUUUCCACCAUCAUCUGGUAUUCAUCUACGGGUACCGACUCUGUGCCUACUGCGGCAAUGGGCUGAAAUUCAUCAUAUUCUGCUUUAUCGCGUUGACUUUUGCCAUCACCACCAUGCUGGUGUUGCAGAUUCUUUACACCGAAAGUAUACCGCAGAGCAGCCUUCACGGUGCUCAUGGAGCAGUUGCCACGGAUUAUUCCAAUUGUUCCCAAAUUGGUACCAAAAUACUAGCCAGAUCAGGCAAUGCCGUCGAUGCUGCGGUAGCAGCGACUAUUUGCAUGGCUGUGGUAGCGCCUCAUAAAACCGGUCUUGGCGGAGGCGGUUACAUAAUGAUAUAUAAUUACAAAAAUUACACUCAUCCGAUUGUUAUUGAUUUUGCAAGUAAUACAACCACGGGUUUCUUUGCCGAGGCUGGAAUACGUUUGCCAGCUCUGCUAAAAGGAUUAGAAUUUGCUCAAAGGUCGUAUGGCAGUUUGGCAUGGCGCGACGUCGUAGAACCCGUCGUUGAGUUGACUCGGGAAGGAUUCGUUAUAUCUAAGGAUCUUGCGGACGAAGUGGCGAAGAAUACAGAUUAUGAGAUAUUUUACGCCGGGCCUUUGAGUCCAGGCGAUAGACUGCAAUUGCACGAACUUACAAGGACGUUGGAUAUUAUAGCGCACUACGGUGCAACGGCGUUAUAUAACGGUACCUUGUCCCAUGAAAUUCUACAAAAUACUACGCUCCGUGAAAGAUUGCUGCAACAAUUGGCGAGUUACGAGCCUACCGUAACGAUGGCGAGGAGCACAACGUUACAUCGCCAUACAAUUUAUUAUCCGUCGCACGCGUCUUUUAUGCAAGAGGUGAUCGAAGCACUGGAAAACCUUCCAAUUUUAGCAGGAAAUGCAUCUACUAUAGAAUCUCAAGUUCUUGUUGCUCAAACGUUGAUGAAUGUAUUUCUACAGUUUUUUCAAAACUUGCAACAUGACGUGAAAAAAGAAACGUACACUGGAGUCAUGGCAAUGGAUUGGCAAGACACCUAUGUUACCAUCUUAUCUGGUCUGAGUUCACCUUUCGGUUCCGGGAACAGAAUGGCUGGAUUCUUUUUGGACAAUAUCGAUGACAAUGAUUUGUCCACGUUCAUCCCUAUUAUUUUUCAUUACGAUGGAGGAAUAUGCGGAUUGCGUGGAGUGCUCGGUUCGAACGAUGUUUUUCUUAACGGCCAAAUUCUCUACAAUCUUAUCGUGCGCGCACUAAACGUUUCUGCCGCGAUAGAAUAUCCCAGGUACUAUUUUGUCUCUGACGGUAUGGUGAUUGAAGAUAAUCAAAGACACUCGAUGGAGGCUGCGUUGCAGGCUCGAUUGUAUUCCAUGAUAUCGCCGUUGUCUCACGACGAUAGCUCAUCCAUGAGAAGCGUAAACGCAAUUGUUAAAAGGAAAGAUUCACUAUCGAGUCACUCGGAUAGUCGUGGAAAUGGAAUUGCAUCACGAUUUUAAGCCAUAUACGCAUUGUUAAGAGCGUAUACACAAAUGAUCAGCAAUCUCUGAGAAGCUUGGAGAUUAUAUAAUACUGUGAUAUUAGGGAUAAUUUCGGCUACACAAACAUUUGUGACAUGAAAUAG